GAAGAAGGCGGAAGAGGUGUGUUUUCGACUGGACACACAUACACACGCAAACGCACUAUUGAAAGAGAAGUCACCACGGUUUAAACGCGUACACAUUAGCUGCUCGCUACAAGACACAAUCGAGCCAAAGAAAGGGCUGAAGCCACGUUUUAAUGUGACUUUUGCUCCAAGCAGAGCGCAUGUCCGCUUUGUCUUAAAAACCAGCAAACUACAGCUUCUCCAAGACGGAAACAACAGCGAAAAUAAGACCUGACGACUCCAUCUACUUCCAAAGAACGCAUGAUCUUCUUGGCCGAACAUAAUAAACACUCAGACGUCUUCUAAGAUUUAUUUUAGUAUUAGAUGCUGUCAAAAUGGGGAACAGCAGCAGUGACAGAGCCAGCGGGAGUCAGAGUGAAAGAGGGAAGGAUGCACGACCCAACAUCCUGAUGGACAGCACAGAGGAUGCAGAUAUUUUCCAGAGGGAAGAUACAAAGGCACCACAGGAGGAUCAAGAGUUUCUGGCUUGGCAGCAGGACCUGGAAAGCGACAACAAAUGUCCAACCCUCGCCAGGCCGACGGUGUUCCGCUGGAGCGGAAGCGCUAAAGAAGUUUUUGUGUCCGGCUCAUUUAACAAUUGGACCACGAAGAUCCCUCUCAACAAAAGUAAGAACAAUUUUGUGGCAAUCAUGGACCUUCCUGAGGGGGAACACCAGUACAAGUUUUGUGUAGACGGCCAAUGGACUUUGGAUCCUACAGGGGCUGUGAUCACAACCAAAACGGGGACUGUGAAUAACGUUAUCGAGGUGAAGACGACUGACUUUGAGGUCUUUGAUGCCCUCCGAAUUGACUCCCAGGAUUCUACAGAAAUCUCAGACUUGUCCAGUUCCCCGCCUGGCCCUUACCAGCAGGACGCAUACGUUGUGAAGUCAGAAGACAAGCUCAAACAUCCUCCUAUUUUACCUCCACACUUGCUUCAAGUGCUCCUCAACAAAGACACAGGGAUUUCUUGUGACCCGACCUUGCUUCCUGAGCCCAACCAUGUGAUGCUCAAUCACCUAUACGCCCUCUCCAUCAAGGAUGGCGUAAUGGUUCUGAGUGCUACACACAGAUACAAAAAGAAGUAUGUGACUACGCUCCUGUACAAGCCAAUAUAAUUUACUUGAAUUCAUUCUUGUGAUGUUGUGCUUGCUGGAACUCUGCAUACAUGUUCGUUGAUGUUGUUCUAAAUGUAUGUUUUCAAUUAUGAUUGCAUUGUAUUUGUAAAUUACGCAUCUUGCUUUUGGUAUUCUUGUUUAACUUGAUUCCAAAUUGUUUCUUCAAACCAAAAGUGACCAACAGAUUAUGCGGCUCGGUGAGUAAAAAUUAAUUCCCCUGACAAGUACUUUAGGGAUUAGUUAACAAAUGAAUCUUAUAAAAAAUGGUAUUAUUUUAAAGCUAAACAGAAGACAAACAUGGAGACCGCCAAUUAUGUUAGAAUAUAAUCCAGGAUAAUUCAUUUCUAAAAGUUCAUUUUACCUUCAUUUCAUGUGUCCAAACACUAAAUAAAUAUGCAUUUUGAUAUGA